CAUUUCUCUGCCUUCAGGAAAAUGCAUCACAGAAGCAUUUCUAUUUCAAAGCACGUUUAGUGAGUUAUAUCGUCUUACACAUACUGAUGCGGCAUCUGCAUGAUGAGGUGACAUCCAAGGAGGUUUUUAAAGUGAUUAAGGAAACAUAUGAGGAAAAAUUUAACUCAUUCAUGUCAGAGAAGUUGAUACCCGUCGCUGGCGAUACUGCUCUUGAAAACCUGGGGAUAGGAGAUGCGAAGAUGAGGGAAAAGAUAUUCAGAGAUGUAGACGUCGUAGUGAAUUUUGCUGCAACCACAAAUUUUAAUGAGAGAUAUGAUGUUGCAUUGGGUACCAAUACCUUGGGGCCAAAGAAUAUUUUGGAUUUGAGCAAGAAAUGUGUGAAACUUGAAAUGCUUCUCCAUAUAUCAACUGACAUUGGAAUGGAGAAAAAAGUCAUUGAACAGAAAUUGGAAGAAUUCAGAGCUAAGCUACUAUCAAAGAAAGAAGAAACAAAGGCCAUGAAAGAAUUAGGCCUUGAAAGGGCAAGAAUGUUUGGAUGGCCAAAUGUAUAUGUGUUUACGAAGGCGAUGGGGGAAAUGCUAAUUGGUGAACGAAGAGAAAAUCUUCCAAUUAUUAUUGUAAGACCAACGAUUGUAACGAGUACUAUCAAAGAACCAUUUCCAGGCUGGGUUGAAGGUGUCAAAACUGUCGACUCUUACUUUGCCGGUUUUGGCCUGGGGAAAAUAACAUUCUUCCUUGGAAGCUCCAAAACAAUCAUGGAUGUGAUUCCAGGAGACAUGGUGGUGAAUGCUACAAUGGCCGCAAUGGUUGCUCAUGGAGAUAAACCUAAUUCAAGGUUCAUGAUCAUUUACCAAGUUGGUUCUUCUAAUAGAGAACCAAUGUAUUGUUCCAUGAUUAAAGAUUAUGCUUACAAUCAUUUCGCAAAGAAUCCAUUGAUGAGUAAAAAUGGAAAACUUAUCAAAGUUGUGAAACCUUAUUGUUUCACAAGUAUGAAUAGUUUACAAAUAUACAUGGAUCUCAAAUACAACUUUCCACUCAAGGGGUUGCGUUUAGCCUAUGCCAUACUUCGCCAUGAUGAUGGUGGCUUUUGCACUGACAUGGAACAUCAAGUGAAAUUUGUAACUAAAUUGGCUAUAAAUUAAACGAGCCUUACCUGCUGUUUAAGGGAAGAUUUGAUGACUCGAACACAGAGAAGCUUAGAAUUUCAGUGAAAGCGAACGUAAAGGAGAAGAAUAUGUUUUACUUUGUUCCUCAAUGCAUCAACUGGGACGACUACUUCAUGAAUAUUCAUCUCCCUGGCCUAAUGACAUUUGUUCUUAAUUAAUUAUUGAUGAUGUUAAGUAAUCGCAAUACGCAGUAAUAAAUAAUCCUCAUCUCUGGAUAAGUGUGGUGAUUGAAAUUACCAUCGUAUGUUUUUUUUCUUAUGUUUCCGUAUUUUUUAUUUAUCUGGGAUUAGGUAGUAGAUAUUUUUAUUGAAAUUACUAUCCCCACUUGAUGUC